AUGCCUCCCCAGGCUUCCCGAACCGUGUUUGUGGCCAACAUUCCCUAUGAUGUGUCCGAGGAGCAGAUUGCCAACGUCUUCUCCGAGGUCGGCCCUGUUAGCAAUGUAGAGAUCAAGUUUGACCCCCAAACUGGCCGCUCAAAAGGCUACGCCUUUGUCCAGUUCUAUGGUGAGAGCCCUCGUUGCCGUGUCACGCUAACUCGACCAGAUGAGGCCACCGCGAACUCGGCUGUGCGCAACUUGCAGGACGUGCCAAUCAACGGCCGCCCGGUGCGUAUUGAGCUCUCAACAGACGAUGGCGGCAGGAGGCGAGGUGGACCUCCCGGCCCCGGUGGCCCAGGCGGCUUUGGACGCCAGCAGCAGCAGCAGCAGAUGCACCGCGAUCAGACGCCGCCCCGCGGCGUCAUGGGUGGUGGCGACCAGCCUCACGUCGACUUGAGUCUCCUUCCUCCUGGGCAGGAGCCGCCUAUGGGCCUGAAAGGGACAGACUCGAUCACCAAGACUCUCGCCGAGAUCAACCCCGGGCAGAUGCAGGACGUCAUGGCCAGCAUGAAGGCCCUCAUCACGACCCAGCCAGACCAGGCGCGUGCCCUCCUCAGCAGCCAGCCUCAGCUCGCCUACGCGCUCUUCCAGGCCAUGCUCCUCAUGAACAUUGUCGACCCCUCCGUCCUCCAGCGCAUCCAGCCUCUCGCGCCCGGACAUACCGCUACUGCUGCUGCCGCCGCAGCCGCCGCUGCAGCAGCAGCAGCAUACCCCCCACCUGGCAACGCAUACCCUCCCUACCCUCCCCAAGUCCAGCCGCCAGCAAACUACCCUCCCUAUCCUCCGGCACAGGGUGGCGGGUUCCGCCCACCUCCUGGCCCUGCCACAUACAAUGCUCCUCCUCCUCCAGCUCCCGCGGUCGGCCCUCCUGCUGCCUACGGUGGCUACCCUCCUGCCCCUCCCCCCAUCGCCCCUCCCGGCCCAGCACCGCUCCCUCCUGCCACCCAGGCGGCGCUCGCCGGUCUCCCCGAAGACCAAAGGACUAUGCUCGUCCAGGUCCUCCAACUUACCGCUGACCAGAUCAACGCCCUGGACCCAUCGCAGCAGGCGUCUGUUAAGCAGCUGCGACAGCAAUUCCUCGGCGCCGCAUAG